AUGGGGGACGGCUCUAGGGUUCUCAAGGUCAAGAUUGUUGAGCCGCACCGCGAUAAAGACAAGAUAAUGGAGAUCGAGGAGAUCUCCGAAGUCAAGGAGCCUCCGGUGGCGAGAAAGAAAUACAAUGGCCAGAUAGAAAUAUCCGGCGACAAGGCUCGAGUCACAAAGACAUGCAGAGAAGAAGAGGAGGGAAAGAGAGUUCCUGUGUUGCAAGCUGGUGAGAAACCGCAGCCGCAGGCAUCCAAAUUCCCCGCGGAUUCUGAUUGGCGGUUGACUCAGCACGGCCCUGGGGUUUGA